CGCAGCAGUUCUCCGCGCAGCAGCCAUGAAAUUCACCCAGAAGAGACAAACGUUCGAUAUCUUCGACGGGGUGACGUUUGCGAUCAAGUCGCGUGCCGUCAAGGUGACGGGGCCGCGCGGCUCCCUCGAGCUCAGCUUCAAGCACAUGCCGAUCGACAUCUUCUUCGAGGAGGGCUCGGACGAGCGCAAGGUGGUUGUCGAGAAGUGGUUCACUGGCGGCAAGGCGACGGCGUCGAUCCGCACGUGCGUGAGCCACAUGGAGAAUGCGAUGACGGGCGUGACCAAGGGCUUCGAGUACAAGAUGCGCUUCGUGUACUCCCACUUCCCCAUCAACGUCUCCAUCACCAACGGCGCCAAGCGCGUCGAGAUCCGCAACUUCCUUGGCGAGAAGGUCAUCCGCGUGGUCGACGCCCUCAAAGACACCACCGUCAAGAGGAGCGAAGACGUCAAGGACGAGAUUGUCCUCUCGGGCAACGACAUCGACGCCGUCUCGCGCACGUGCGCGCUGAUCCAGAACAUUUGCGCUGUCAAGAACAAAGACAUCCGCAAGUUCCUCGACGGCAUCUACGUCUCCGCCAAGAGCACCGUCGUCAAGGACUAGAGCGACGCAUCGCACAUCCUAGGAGAACUAGCCCUGUGGUGUUUGGGGGCCUGUUGAGGCGCCGGCGCGCAUGGUAUUCUGGGGAGCUUGUGCACGCUGCGGGGGCUGCGGGCGUGCGGCGCGGCAGGCUUCACCUCCUCUAAAAUGUGUUGAAGCGCCAUCUUGAGAUCUUGUGUCGAAAUGCCCAACGUAAACUGGUAACUACGACGACAGUCGACACAUACGACCCAUAGCAUAUACCACAGAGAGAGAAAGGCGAGGCGUCGACCACUCAGAGAAGACUCUUGUGAAGACGAGUGUCUCAACACAGCCGUCGUUCGAAACCUAGAGCUAGCUAGUAAACAUCAUAGCGACGGGAGCCGGGUCCCGACCAACCGCCCCGGGCCGCCCCGUGGCGGGGCAUGGCGCAUGCGCCGGCGAGCGGCGUGCGCGGCGCACGCGACGCGCGCGCCACCCACACGCCACAGGUGCGAUGUGGCCGGCGUUCGCUCGAGCCGGCGGCGCCCUAUUAAGCGGCCUCCCGUCUCCACGCCUCGUAGACGGGACGCCACUCGGGCUCCUCCACCACAGCGCGCUCGAACUCGAGGCGGCGCUUGGAGUGGUCGCUGAGACUCGCGCCACGGCUGCCGAUGGUGACGUCGAACUCCAGGCAGCCGAUCUCCUUGCCGCUCCCGUCCUUGACGUCGACACGAAGCGUCGGCCGGAUGCCAGAAGGGAUGAGCUUUGAGACUGCGGCGGCGCGGCAGGGCGGGGAGAGAUUCAAGGGAGGGCGGCGAGGAGCGGCGCGCAGCCGGCGCACGUACGUGGGUAACUGAGGGUGACGGUCGCGUUCUUGCCGGCGGUGACCGGACACUUGGUGACGUGGCAGAUGGUGUAGUCCUUGCCGCCGCCAGGCACGGCGACGCCAAAGAGAGAGGCCUGGAUUCCGACCGUGCCGCCCGUGACGACCAGGUCGGGCUUGACCGAUACAUUGACGUGGACAUCCUUCCCGGGCACCGGCUCGUCCGGCACCAGGAUCAGGUGCGAAGCGUGCACCUAUCGAUUGCGGUAGAUCAAUGCGACCUGGCGGAAGCUACGUCUGUUCCGCGCGAGCGGUACACGCACGUGAUCAGCUUUCGUGCAAGUCUUGAACGAGUGAGCGUCGACCGACAAGCAUCCGAGAAGCAGCAAAAGCGACUGGGCCGCCAGCAAAAGCCACUGGGCCGGCAUGCAACAACGAGUCACCCCGCACC